GUGAGUUUUCGGCUACCCAAUUGUAAAACAAUUAUCUCGCACUCGUGUUUUUUGUUUCAAUUUUAAUAAACAUUUUUUUUUUUUUUAAUUUAUUUAUUUCGAUCGGGAGGUGGGUAAAAGGAAAAAAAUCUUCGGUUCCAGGUGUGUUGAGCCGGUCUUUGCGGAGUUGUUUCAGUGACACUACUCAUCAUUACACACACCCUCCCCUCUUCAAAAUAGAUCAAGUGAAAUGAAAAAAGAACACUAUUACCCACCACCAUCGUCUGCCAGUACGACGAGCGGUUGGACGGCCGGACGACGUCGAUUUGCGGAUUGGUUGCCAUGGAAACUGUUUCAAGAUCAAAUGAAUCCCGACAAAGCUAAUCACGGAUGGUUCAUUGGAAGAUAUGCUCGUGAAUGUCUGCACAUUCUACCGAAAUUGCCGGCCACCUUGAAGUGGCCAGUUGCGCCCACGUCCGUCCUCGAAUGGCAUCAAGUAGAUGAAUCGUUGAGGGAGCCAGGUAUUUAUUACGGCUAUCGUCCGGAAGUGUCCAGUUGGACGGAAUGUUGCCACAGUCUUUUCACGGCAAACAACGAGACGCUCAAUUUUUGGACCCAUUUUUUCCCGACCGUUUUCUUCAUCUGGCGCACCGUCCAAUUGGCCGAUCAAUGGAACAGCAAGUCAGACGGACUCUCUUCCGAUUACGCUCAACCUUUUCUUAUUUACAUGUUUUCGGCCAUCUUGUAUCCGUUGAUGUCGGCCAUCGCUCACGGAUUCUCGGCGUUGAGUCAUCGAGCGCGGGCCGUUUUGUUCUUCAUGGAUUACGCGGCCAUCAAUUUCUACGCUUACGGUUCCGGAUUGUUGUACAGAGCUUACGUCUUACCUGACAGCUGGAUGCAGAUGGAUGCCAAUAUUUAUUUAGGCAUGUGCGUCUUCUUGUCGUUGGCUUCGACCACGUUGACUUGCACGAGCCGGGCAAUCGUCCGUGACGUUGUCGCUCAACGACUCAUGAGAUUAGCCGCUUUUACUUUGCCCUACAUUUGGGUUUCAAUUCCGCUUUUCGUCCGUCUAUUCGAUUGUUUCCGGUACGUGGAAGCAUCGUCUUCUUGUCCGACUGCAGACGCGCUAAGGGCAACGAAACUACACCUGUGUCAGGUGAUUGUCGCUUUGCUGGCCAGUUUCUGUUACGCCUCUCAUUUGCCGGAGCGCAUUUUGCCCGGCAAAUUCGAUUACGUUGGCCAUUCGCACAAUUUGCUUCACAUUUGCGGAGUGACGGCUACCUUGUUUCAAAUGGAAGGUGCUCUCAUCGACAUGGAUGUACGUCGAUCUCAUUUGAUAGAAAAUCAGUUGGCCAUGAUGGAUCCUUUCUGGGACCAAUGGAUUCCUCUCGUCGUCCUGCUGGGCCACGUCCUACUCGUCGCCGUGUUCGGUCUUUACAUUUACUGGAACGAGCCGCAAACAAUCCCCACCUGCAAUCAAAAUAAAAAGUGUCAUUAAAAAUAAUUGCGUUUAGCCUCCAGUCUUUAUUUUUGUACGCACGCUUUUGAAGAAAAAAAAAACACAUAGAACCGCCUCCCCACCCCAUUUAAUGUGUUAUUGUUAUUGUAUAUAGUAUAAUAAUUUAAAAACAAAACACGACUUGCCAACUGUGUACCCCACACAAAUGAGAACGGCUUCCGAAACCUCUUUUGAAACACGCAGAAAACGGAGGAAUCUAGGUCAGAAAACAGAAUUAUUAUGCAAAAUUGUGUCCUGUAUCAAUUGAUCCAUAUUAAUAAAUAAAACCUUUUGAUGCUUUCCAUGCGAUAAUGUGACUGUGCAACUGAAAUUAUGACAUGAUUUCAAAAGAUUAAACAAAAGCAUUAUUAUUUCACUGCGUGUGUGUGUGUGUCUGUUGUGGAUGUGGUAUACAUACAAAUAUUUGCUGUAAUAACGAUAACUGCAUCAAUAAAAUAGAGAUAAAAACACA